UGUUCAGAGUACAUGGCUGGAGUUGAGGCAAUAGGAAUUAGCAAACCAAGAACUGACCCAGAUGAUGUUGAUAGAGGAUUAAGGGGCAAAGGGACAAUGGUGACAGUGUCCAAGCUUGAACUAGAUCAAGCUCAAUUAGUCGUGAUGAACAAUAACGCAGAGGUUCAACCAUAUAUAACGUAAGUACCUUUUGUUUGAUUAACAUUACUUAAGUCACGAUGAACAAUAACUUGAUUUAUCUUACUUGUUUUACAGUGACCAUAUGGAGCUGUUACAAUCAAUGGUUCCAAGAAAUCAAAAAAAUAAACAAAAAUGGGUUAUGCGGACCAACAUCGUCAAACUUUCAUUGGGUGGUUAAGGAAUACCAUUAUAGCAAAGUUGAACGAACCGAAUCAUGGAGUAUCUGAUGUGUUGAGUCGUAUUGCCCUUGGACCAACUUUUGCGGUUGCAAAGCAUGAAGCGUACAUUGUAAGGGGUAAACGUUUUCAUACAAAGUCAAGAGAUGAUGCUCGAGAGGUUCAAAAUAGUGGUAUACGUAUCGUCGCAGAAACUAUGCACUUUGCAAGUGCAAAAGAUAGAAACCCUGUUUUAGGUACUAUGACGUAUUACGGGGUCAUUGAAGAAAUAUGGGAGCUCAAUUAUUUUGCGUUCCGAAUUCCACUUUUUAAGUGUUCUUGGGUUGACAACAACGUUGGAGUAAAAACUGACGAGCUUGGUUUUACUUUGGUUGAUUUAAGUAAGAGAGGAAGCAAGAAUGAUCCAUUCAUCAUGGCUAGCCAAGCAGCUCAAGUUUUUUACAUUUCUGAUCCGGCUAAUGAUAAAUGGUCUAUUGUUUUAUCGACACCAGAGAGGAGGUUCUUAGAGACUGAAGAGGAUGAGGAGAAUGCUGACUUAUGUUACGAUGACUUCAUUGUUGGACAACCAAUUCAUGAGCAACUCAUGGGAAUUGAUCGUAACAUUGAGGAAGACGACGCUGAAUACAUUAGAAACGAUAUCAAUGAGGGAAUAUGGGUCAAUUGUGAUUCAGGCAAACAUAAACAAAAAAAGAAAAGAAAACGUGUCUAAUUGACAUGGCGAACUCAGAAUCAGGAUCUGAUUCGGGAGCAGAAAAUGAGUGUCCAACCACAAUACCUACACGAGGGCCGACGCAAAUGAAUGAAAUAUCCAAACUAAUGGAUCAGGGCAAAAGAGUGGCCCUCGAAGUUAAUGAUAAAGGUCAAUUUUUGGGAUCAUUCAAUUACAACCGUUAUGCUGCCGAAAUUUCGGUAGAAAUUAGAUAAAAUUUGAUAUAUAUAUAUAUUAUGUUCUGUUUUGUUUAGGGUCCACUCGCUCAACCGCCCUCAAGACGUGAUGCGUCAAAGGGGAAAGCUCCGAU